GGAUGAUGUAGAGCCUGCUGUUGUAGUAGAAUACUAGAAUAGUGUAUUAGUGUUAAACGUUAAGUUAUUUCCACAUAAUUUCGUGUUCAUCAUUUUAGAUUAUUAGUUUUGAUGUCAUGUUAAUUUGACGUAGGUGUUUGAAUAUAAUUAGACGACGUGUAGCGUAAAAAUGCAGAAACCUCUGUUGUAUUUAACUCAGUUCCUUACACUAUUCAGCGUAUUUCAACAAGGGCUGAGCUAUUUUUUGACUGUUGAUGCUCACGCCGAGGAAUGUUUUUUCGACAAAGUCGAAGUCGGCUCCAAAUUAGGUUUAAUGUAUGAAAUAUCCGAGGGUGGUUUCCUGGAUAUUGAUGUCAAAAUAAUUGAUCCAGAUGGUGAAUUGAUAUAUGAAGGAUUGAGGGAGUCUAGUGGAAAGUAUACAUUUGCUGCAACUAAGAAAGGGGCAUACACAUACUGUUUCAGUAAUCAAAUGUCAACAAUGACACCAAAAGUAGUGCUAUUCAGUAUGGAAGUAACUGAACCAGAAAAAGUAGAUCUAGAAAAAGAUAGUCCAACUGGUGAAGAAGGCGAACAUAAAAAACUAGAAACAAUGCUUCGAAAUCUGGGAUCUGCAUUAACUAGUGUUAAGCACGAACAAGAAUAUAUGAAUGUGCGCGAUAGAAAUCACAGGGCUAUUAAUGAAUCUACAAAUAAACGUGUUGUGAUGUGGUCAUUCUUUGAAUCAUUUGUAUUGCUUUCAAUGACUAUUGGUCAAGUUUAUUAUUUAAAACGAUUUUUUGAAGUUAGAAGAGUUGUUUAAUGUUUGAAAUACAUCCAUGUUUUUUUUUUUUAAUUUUGUCUGUAUA